UUUUAUCAUCGUAAAUGAUUGGAAAUAGAGACUCAUUGACCCAGAGGCAGAAGGAGAGACGGGAGAGGGGAGUGCUAGCAGAACUCAAUGGAAAAGGCGGUAGAAGAGCUAGAGCGAGUGCAAACCCAGAUCCUCCAUCGCAUCUCAAAACUUGAGCUCUCUUUCUCAUCCCAUGACCUCUCUGCAUCUUCCCUCCUCGCUCCUCUUCCCUUCUCCCACGCUGUGUGCGACACCCAAGCUCGCCUCUCCUCCAUCCUCCGUGCCAACGGCGUCAACGACUUCUCCUUCAAAAAGGUCCCUUCCGAUUACUACGAUUGGCCCCUCGAAUCACGAAGAGACGCCCUCGCCGCACCCACCAUUCAACAUCUCUGCAAAAGCAUCGUCUUGGUUAACACUCAAGCCCAGUCAAAUGUAAUUGAUUGCAGCGAUCGAAACAAUUCAAAAUAUUAUGUUGUUGUCGUUCAGUAUACUGCUCGAUUCAAUGCUGAAACUGUUAAAAACUUUCUGUAUUCACUCAACAACGGAAAGAUAGCUAAAAAGAAAUUCAACAUGAGGCUUGCUCCUGAGGAGACGUCAGUGGAGCUAACUGGAUAUGAACACAAUGCAGUGACAUGUAUUGGCAUGAAAACAGAAAUUCCGGUGAUUUUGGAUGAAGCAAUUGUAAAACUUCACCCUGAUUUCUUCUGGUUGGGUGGUGGGGAGAUUGAUCUCAAGCUAGGGAUCAGGACCUCUGAAUUUAUCGACUAUGUGAAACCUUUCAUCGUCAACUGCAGUAGCAGUUGAUUACCUGAGAUGGAACCAUUAUCAAACUCAUUAGAGCACAAGUAAUCUUGGAUGACUGCCCAGUGGAGUCUGAAGCAGGCCAUUCUUCAGCUGCUGUUAAAAAUCCAUUGAUUUUUGCAUGUCACCCAUUUUUGGUGCAGUGAAAAUUUUGCUUUUCGAAGCAGGUGUUCUUUCUAAUGAUUUUCUGGAACAUGAUGAAAGCUGCAUCUGUACUUAUCAUAAAGAUGACGACAAAUUUAUUUAGAAUUGAAUUGCAUUGUAAAGUUAAGUUGGAGACAUUUCUAAUGAUUUUCAAUAUAUUAUUUCAAUUGUCAUGGGGCAGCA